AUGUGUUUAUUAGUGACGUCACACUAUGAUACAGCUGCUUGGAAACAAAUAACCUGGCAACCAACAUCACAUCUCAGCCAUCUUAGAAACAAAUGGACGUUCACUUUCAAAAAAGUUGGAACGGGACACACUAUGAAUAUCAAUCUGUUUGACUUGAACAAAGUGACAUUCCAACAACUUUCAGCUAUUCCGGGAAUCGAUGAAUCAUUUGCAAAUGCAAUAUUAAAAUACAGAAAACAGCACAAAGGUGUGAAACAUUUUGACGAAAUUUGGAAAAUAAAUGGAAUAUCCAGGCCAAAAUACAAGAUUUUACAAAGGCACGUGGAAGUUGUAGGACAGCAACCUUUGGUAGUCGGUUCAAAAUUGCCAUAUGCCAAAGAGUCGUUAGAAACAGUGCACGCACGAGCUUAUCGAGGGUUUCAAAAGAGAAGAACGGAGCUCCAAAAACGCGCCAAAUCUGCAAAUGGGUUCGUUGAGAGGCAAAAACUUUUCACAUCAACUCCUAAAGUAGCACGACCCUCCAGCUAUCAACAGCAAAGGAAUAAACCAACCCCCAUAAAAAAUACCAAGAGGCAAACAAAACAGGCGUUUGUGUCUCCUAUCGCUGAACCCGUCGUUUUGUCACCCUCAUUUACCAUGUCAAAAAGGAAGACAAAAACGCCUGAACAGAAUCCAUAUUGUAUCGAGGCGUCACCAUCGGGAAAUAAACUCAAUGUCACUUGCAACCUUAACUAUAACAAACGCAAUAAAGAUAAGGCCUCGUGGAUGGUAUUUCAGGUUGAAUCUGGAAAAGGCGCAAGAAGGUCGGGAGUUGAAUUUGAAUCACCUGUAAAUGAGGCAACAAGCACCACUCGUGUUCCAUAUACUCAUACACAAACCCAAACAUCCCGACACACUCUUCACGAAAUAGCAAAAUCCGUGCAACUGACAGGCGUUAAUCGUAACACUAACCAAAAUAUUCCCAAUAUAUUAUCAUCAGCUAGAAACGGGACACCAUUUGAGAUUCAUCCACCUGGGCUACCUUCAGUCGGACAACCUAAUGCGGGUAAUGCUUCACAAAACAGAGAAGAUAAUGUCAUCCAAUCCCACAUUCCCAUCGAAGUAAUGAACAAAGAUCGUGACCAAUUGAUAGAUGAUACCAGAAAUCGUCUAAAGAACGCUAAAAGAGACUUACGAAAAAUAAGGGAAGUAAACUCACCAAGGAGAUUAAAUGAGAGGGCCAUACACGAGUUCGAAGUUCAAACGUACAAAACGUUGGGACAAAAGGUACGAUCAAUAGAAAAAUGGAUUGAAGAGGUAGAAAAAGAAACAAGGGGAAUGUAUAGUGAUAUACAAAGCCUGAACAACAGCAAUAGCAACCAUAGCAAUGAAAGGAGAAGUAAAUCAGCAAAUCCAAAUCUGAAAUCGACCAAUUUGGACAAGACAGUAGAUUUACAAAUAGGUACAAACCAAUGUAUUUCAUGUCAACAACCUAUGGCAUCUCAUAUGAAUUCUCCAUAUGAAGUUCACGAGUCAUAUGGACAGCUACGUCGUGAGGACUUGACUACAACUGACCAUCGAGCAGCGAAUGAAGAAAAAACGCGACCGAUGCAUAAACGUAAGCCACAGGAACGUAAAACAGAUGUUAGAAAAGACAAUGAUGGGGAAACAAGUCCAAAAUCACAAAAGACUGCACGAAGUCCCAGAGGUGAGAGGGGGAGGCGAGAACACAGAGACGACCGAGAAUCGAGAAAUCGACACCGACAAAACACACGCCAAAGACCAUCGCACAGGCCUCGUAGACACGACGGUAGCAGAAAGUCCCGAAAAGAAGAAGUGUGUAAAGUAAUGUGACAGUUUAGGGUGUAAUGUGAUAUGAACAGAUAAUACAAUAACCACAUGCAUAAUUGCACGAUGAACGCUAGAUAAUUUUCCUUUCUCAUGAUUGAUAUUGCUACUUAAUUUAGGAAGAAAUCAAUUUAGUUACAACUCGCUAAUUUAUACGUUUUGUUACUAAGAUACACCAGGGGCGUGGCCAGCUUUCAGUCAGAGGGGGGGGGGGGGGGCGAUCGCCAAAAAAAUCGCUUUUCAGUCAGGGGGUGUGAUUGUGAAAACAAGGCAAAAAAAUAAGAUUUAUCUUGAAUUUUACAAAAAAUGCAACUUCCUUCAGAAUUGAGCUAGAAGAUUAAAAUAAAAAGCAUUUUAAAGCUCUUUUCUUUCAUCUCAUGGUUAUAUUUUGGCCUUCGCCUGUGUACUCUAUAUGACCUACCAGACGCAACCAACCCCUCUUUAAGUGUAUCUGCUUCCUCAUAUUGGGAAAACCAUACGGCGUGCACCCUGUAAAAACUCGAGGUGUAAACAUUUUUGGGAUGAAUCUUUUUAAACCUUACACGGUAGCCUAUCUCGAUAGAUCUCCCUCAUUACACCUGUUUGAAUUGUUACAUUUGACUGAACUGUAUAGAAGAAAUGAAUUGAUCAGCGUGUCCAAUGAGAAAAGGCCUGGUGUUAUAAUUCAAAUGAUGAAUUGGAUCAUAAUGAUAUCAAAAAAACUCCUGAACUGACUGUAGGCCUAAUGGUAAAUGAAAUAGGCCCAACCUCUUGCUUACCAAAAGUGUGACCUGACUAGCUACCACAGAGUGCAUGACCAUGGAGUCAUGGACUUUCAAGAAAACCCAUGGAAUGACAAAUGGAUCUAAAAUUAUUGUACAUAUUUCUUUGCUGAAAGGGCUCGACGAUUAACAAGCAGCAUGAGAAAUAAGAAACAUUUAGGCCCCUUAUUUUGUAUUUUGACUUUCACCAUCAUGGGCUUUCAAGAUAGUUUUCUGUUGAAAGCCCAUGCUUUCACAUUACAUAUUUCUUUAUGACAUAAAAUGAGAGGAAAAAUAUACGUAUAUGCGGCUACUCAUUUAAGAACAUCGUUUGACCCGAUCUACAACAGCUAUGUUGACGGGUCACCUCCAAUGCCAUUCACUGACUUCACUCAUCAGACGGUUCUGGUAUUAGAUGAUCAAAUAUUACUGAUUAAUAUGUUUGCACUAAUAAUAUAACAUAUACAUAGGGAUACUAUGGUAGUAUAUAUAUUAUUAUACCACUCUAAGUCCAAUUACAGUUGUAUAACAUGGGUCUAUAACAGCGAUAUACAGUGGAGAGUGGUAUAUCGUCAUCGUAUACAACUCCUCCGUAUACACUCCAGCGUAUACCACUGUAGAGGUGCAUUCUGGGAACUAAUGAAUAAAAAAA